AUGUGCGUGUGUGCGGGCUGCCGGGUUGCCCCGAGCCGGCGGGGAGCCGGUGGACCGCUCCAGGUGGAGGGCGGCGGGAGCGAGGGAACGGACAUGGACUACGACUCGUACCAGCACUAUUUCUACGACUAUGACUGCGGGGAGGAUUUCUACCGCUCCACGGCGCCCAGCGAGGACAUCUGGAAGAAAUUCGAGCUGGUGCCAUCGCCCCCCACGUCGCCGCCCUGGGGCUUGGGUCCCGGCGCAGGGGACCCGGCCCCCGGGAUUGGUCACCCCGAGACGUGGCCGGGAGGGUGCGCCGGAGACGAAGCGGAAUCCCGGGGCCACUCGAAAGGUUGGGGCAGGAACUACGCCUCCAUCAUCCGCCGUGACUGCAUGUGGAGUGGCUUCUCGGCCCGAGAGCGGCUGGAGAGAGCGGUGAGCGACCGGCUCGCCGCUGGCGCGCCCCGGGGGAACCUGCCGAAGACAUCCGCCACCCCGGACUGCACUCCCAGCCUCGAAGCCGGCAGCCCGGCGCCCGCCGCCCCCGGUCCCCUGGGCGAACCCAAGACCCAGGCCUGCUCCGGGUCCGAGAGCCCAAGCGACUCGGAGAAUGAAGAAAUCGAUAUUGUGACAGUAGAGAAGAGGCAGUCUCUGGCUAUUCGGAAGCCGGUCACCAUCACGGUGCGAGCAGACCCUCUGGAUCCCUGCAUGAAGCACUUCCACAUCUCCAUCCAUCAGCAACAGCACAACUAUGCUGCCCGUUUUCCUCCAGAAAGCUGCUCCCAAGAAGAGGCUCCAGAGAGGAGUCCCCAAGAGGAGGCUCUGGAGAGAGAUGCUCCUCUUGGGGAAAAGGAAGAUGAGGAGGAUGAAGAGAUUGUGAGCCCCCCACCUGUAGAAAGUGAGGCUACCCAGUCCUGCCACCCCAAACCUGUCAGUUCUGAUACUGAGGAUGUGACCAAGAGGAAGAACCACAACUUCCUGGAGCGCAAGAGGCGGAAUGACCUGCGUUCACGGUUCUUGGCCCUGAGGGACCAGGUGCCCACCCUGGCCAGCUGCUCUAAGGCCCCUAAAGUAGUGAUCCUAAGCAAGGCCUUGGAAUACUUGCAGGCCCUUGUGGGGGCUGAGAAGAGGAUGGCUACAGAGAAAAGGCAACUCCGAUGCCGGCAGCAGCAAUUGCAGAAGAGAAUUGCAUACCUCAGUGGCUACUAACUGACCAAAAAGCCUCAUUGUUCUGUCCUACAAAGACACAAGUUUAUUUUUUAACCUCCCUGUCCCCUUUAGUAAUUUGCACAUUUUGGUUAUGGCAAGACAGUCUGGACAGUAGAUCCCAGAAUGCAUUGCAGCCAGUGCACACACAAUAAAGGCUUGCAUUCUUGGAAACCUUGAAA